UGGGAUGAUAAUUAUGCUGACCUAGACAGAUUAGAAUGCAUGUACAGCCAAGGACUGUUUUGUACUUGUCCCAGCAUAUGAAAUGGCUAUGGAAACGGCUUACAAAUAUGUCCUGGAUGUCAAGCAAGUCUACAAAUUUUGGAGAUUACACUGAUGAUUUCCAGUGUACACUUGAGUCAGUGUUGGGUGUAGGGGGUGUGUCCAGGGGGGAGGCAGUGAGGGGUCAUCAUGGCCACGACGAGUCACACCACCCCCCUCAACCACCAGAUGCUGUCGUCUUCCCGUCCUGUUUAGAGCAAGUCCGUGCAGUGGCUAGACUGUGCAACGAGUUUCGAGUCCCACUGAUUCCAUUUGGAACAGGCACUGGCCUCGAGGGUGGAGUGGUGGCAACAAAGGGUGGUGUGUGUAUGGACAUGUGUAAAAUGGACUCGAUAGUUGAAGUCUCAAGAGAGGACCUGUACGCUACAGUGGAGCCAGGAGUGACCAGGCUGAUGCUCAAUAAACACCUCCGAAAUAGUGGUCUAAUGUUUCCAGUUGAUCCAGGAGCAGAUGCAUCCCUGUGCGGUAUGGUUGCUACCAGGGCAUCAGGCACUAAUGCAGUUAAGUAUGGUACCAUGAGAGAGAAUGUGCUCAACCUCCAGGUAGUGCUAGCUGACGGGAGUGUUGUGCACACAGCUGGUCUCAAGGGAAGAGCUAGGAAGAGCUCUGCUGGGUACAACUUGACACAGCUGUUUGUUGGCUCAGAAGGUACCCUGGGAGUCAUCACGCAGGCCACUGUGCGUCUGCAUGCAAUUCCAGAGACUACGGUGGCUGCGUUGUGCACAUUUCCCAGCAUCAGAGCAGCUGUUGAUGCCACUGUACACAUGCUGGCAGUGGGCGUGUCAGUGGGGAGGGUGGAGUUACUGGACGAGAUCUCAAUAGAUGUCAGUAAUCAGUGCUCCAAUCUAGACCUGCCGGUAUCGCCCACUCUUUUUAUGGAGUUCUCCGGGACCAGUGCUGCCGUUGAGGAAGAUAGUCACAGAGCCAAGGAGCUAGUUGAGGAGAAUGGCUGUGUACAGUUCACCUGUGAGAGAGAGCAAGAAGCUAAGAACACAAUAUGGAGGGCGAGACAUGAGUGGCUGUAUGCAGGACAAGCACAGCUGUCUAUAGGCAGAGAUUGCCUCACUACUGACGUGUGUGUGCCGAUCUCCAAGCUACCUCAAGUUGUUACGGAAACAAGGGAAGAUUUGAACAGUUCUGGAUUGAUUAAAGCACCCAUAUUUGGUCAUGUGGGGGACGGCAACUUCCAUGCUGUCAUCUCAUACAAUAAAGACGAGCAGCAAACAGCUGAUGAAGUAGUGGUCAGAAUGGCCAGACGAGCGAUGCGUGUGGGGGGUACCUGCACGGGGGAGCACGGUGUUGGCCUCGGGAAGAGGGGGUUACUGAUGGAGGAGUUUGGGGGGACAGGAGUGGAGCUAAUGAAGCAAAUCAAAGGAACACUCGACCCUAAUGGCAUCAUGAACCCUGGGAAACUUUUUAUGUAGAGACAAAAACUAUAUUUAUUUAUUAUUUUUGCUGACUUGCACAUCUAUAAUGAUAAUUGUUACUAUAGUUACACUUGCAUACUGGCACUGGUAAUGAAAUAUUAUAUGGAACAGAUAA